AUGGAUGCACAGAGGGCUUUGCUUGAUGAACUCAUGGGCGCAGCACGGAAUUUGACCGAAGAAGAGAAAAAAGGAUACCGGGAAAUCAGAUGGGAUGAUAAGGAAGUUUGCAGGUUUUAUGUGGUUCGAUUCUGCCCCCAUGAUUUGUUCGUCAACACUCGGAGUGAUCUAGGGGUGUGUCCAAAAGUUCAUGAUCUGAAGUUGAAGGAAAGUUUUGAGAAGUCCCCCAGACAUGAUUCACAUGUUCCAAAGUUUGAAGCAGAACUGGCUCACUACUGCGAGAAGUUGGUUGGAGAUUUAGAUAGAAAAGUUAGACGUGGCCGGGAACGUCUUGCUCAAGAGGUUGAAGCUCCCUCUCCCCCUCCAAUCUCAGCUGAAAAAUCUGAGCAGCUUUCUGUGCUUGAAGAUGAGAUAAAAAACCUGCUGGAACAAGUCGAGUCCCUUGGUGAAGCGGGGAAGGUUGAUGAAGCUGAGGCACUCAUGAGAAAGGUGGAAAUGCUUAAUGCUGAGAAGAUAGCCUUGACUCAGCAACCACAGCAGGAUAAAAUGUUGAUGAUGGCCCAAGAGAAAAAAAUGGCUUUAUGUGAAAUUUGUGGUUCCUUCCUAAUAGAAAAUGAUGCUGCGGAGAGAACUCAGUCUCAUGCUACUGGCAAGCAGCAUGUGGGUUAUGGAACGAUACGGGACUUUCUAACAGAAUACAAGGCAGCUAAGGAGAAAGCAAGGGAAGAAGAAAGAUUGUCUAGGGAGAGAGAAGCUGAAGAGCAAAGGAAGCCAAGGGAAAGAGAAUAUGGAAACAGGCGUAGAAAUAUCGAGUCAGUUGAUAGGGACAGGUACUGCGAUCGAGAUUAUGACAGGGAGAGGGAGGAAUAUCGAGAACGAAAUCGUGAUCAUGAAAGGUCUCCUCUGAAUUCUAAAGAGCUCUAUUGGGACUAUACCAUCUCCUAUCCUCAAUAUAAUGUAUGCUCCCGAGCAAAAUGGGUAUCUAUUCUCUUAGGUAGAUUCCCUAUUGAACAUUCUGGUGUGGCUCGGGGAAGUGAUUAUGAGGGUUGCUUAGAUUGCUGGGGGCACUUUGGGGACAUUUGCAAAUGUGGAAAUGGCGACAGUAGUGAGACUGGAAAUUUGAGUACGAUGUUCUCUUGA